UGACAGCAGCAGUCAUGGUGGAGGUGGUGCUCGUCGAGAAGGAAGUCGGUGGUUUAGGUGAAACUCAGUGCGGAUGAGCCAUGGGAGUGCACGGACUCUGGAGGCUGCUGGAGAGUACAGGCAAACCCAUCAACCCUGAGACCCUGGAGGGAAAGAUCCUUGCUAUCGACAUCAGUAUAUGGCUGAACCAGGCAGUGAAGGGGGUGAGGGACCGUGAAGGCAACAGUGUCCAGAACGCCCACCUCCUCACUCUCUUCCACCGCAUCUGCAAGCUGCUCUUCUUCCGCAUCAGGCCAGUCUUUGUGUUUGAUGGGGACGCACCACUGCUGAAGAAACAGACCCUGGCUCUGAGGAGGCAGAGGAAAGAGGAGUUGAGCCGGGAGUCCAAACAGACUAAUGAGAAACUCCUCAAGACGUUCCUGAAGAGGCAAGCUAUCAAAGCUGCACUUGGAGACCGCAGUAAGGAUCCUCUGCCCAGCCUCUCCAGUGUGAGGAGAGAUGAGGUGGACGACAUGUACGUUCUACCAGCCCUGCCAGCUCCAGAGGAGAAGGACAAAAGCAGUUCGGAAGAGGAGGAAGAGACGGAGCGGGAGGAGACGGUUGACAGUUAUCACAUGUAUCAGGGAGAACAGUAUGAAGACCCCAACUCAGUGGACAUCAACUCAGAGGAGUUUGCGAGCUUGCCUCCUGAAAUGAAACACGAGAUACUCAAAGACAUGAAAGAGUUUGCCAAGAGACGUCGGACCAUGUACCACAAACCUCCAGAGUGCUCAGGAGACUUUUCCCAGUACCAGCUGGCCGGCCUGCUGCAGAGGAACCACCUGAACCAGCGGCUGAAGGGUGUGGAGAAAGAGAUGAGCCAGCAGAGCGCAGGCAGCGCUCCGCAGCUCUAUGAACAGGAUGGGGAAGAGCAGAGUCACAGUGUAGAGUCACACCGACUGGUUUCAGAAGACUGUUCCCACUAUAUCCUUAUUAAAGGCUCCAAAAAGGGUGAGGCUGCCCCCGAGAGGCGACCUGCAGCUGCACCCUGGUCUGGGGGCUUUUUGUCAGGCAGCCAAAGACGAGCAGCGGGCCGGCCUGAGCCCCUGUGGCGUCCUGUCUGUGAGGAAGAGGAGAAAGUGCCAGGUCCCUCUUCUGAAGACUCCAAACCCUCCGUCUCAAAACCGACUCAGGGAGACACGUCACCACCCUCGCCUCGUACGCUCGAGGCAAUCCAGGCUGCCAUGAACGACAGCUCGGACGAGGAGAAGGCGGUCCAGGAUAACAAGGAUGGUAGUGUGUCUCCACGUACCCUGAUGGCAAUUCAGCAAGCUCUCACUGAGGAGGAGGGUGCUGCGGCUGAACAUGGGGCUCCAAUCAGCAGAUUGCCCACCAAACUGCAAGCGCAUAUUAAGCCUCCUGCGCCACCACAAGUGGUCAUCAGCAGCUCAGAGGAAGAGACAGAACCUGAUGUUGUGAUCUCCUUACCUAUUGAUUUUAAGGGGAGCCCAACAGGCCAAAGUUUACACGUAAAAGAUGGUUUGCUUGUUAGUAGUUCUGAAGAUGAGAUGGAUGAUGUGAUUGGUCAGAGAAAUAAGGCCCUUCGGGUUGCAGCGCUGCAGAAACCUCACGAAAGAGAGACAAAGCCAGAGGAGGAGACGGGAAGCAGAAGACAGACAGAGAAACAAGAAGAGGUGGAGAGAAGAGAAUCACAGGUUGCUUCUAGUCCAAACAUCAAUGUCUCUGCUCAGAUAUGUGGGAAAUCUGUCAGUGCAGAGACUGACAUUCAUCCUGUGUUGAUAGAGCAGAGGAGUAACAAGUCCAUUAAAGCUCUCGAGGAGAAGAAUGGAGAUGAUAUGAAGUCAGAGCGCAGUGAGGGGAGUGAGUCAGAAGAGAGCUUCAUCGAGGUGUCAGAAGAAGAAUUCAAAGAGGAGGAUGCAGAUGAUUCACUUGUAAUGAUUAGAGAGGGAGGAUCUCCAGAUGAGGUCCAUGAAGAUGGGACCAUGAUGGAAGAAAAGGCGAGUUUUCCAGUGGCUCCCAGUGCCCCGGCUGCUGCUUUGAACUUAGAAGAAGAAGAGGACAAAAAGACUGAAGAAAAAGAGCUGAAGGAGGGAACGGAGACCGAAUCCAGUUCAACUCCAGCCGCCAAUGAAUGGGAACACUUUGAUGUGGAUGAGCUGGAGGCUCUGGAGAGCUCUCUGCAAGUGGAGCAGAGCAACCUGAAGGAGCUGAAACAGCAGCAGGAGAGGAUGGCGAACACAGUCACUGGACAGAUGUACCUAGAGAGCCAGGAGCUGCUGCGGCUGUUUGGCGUGCCGUUCCUGGUGGCGCCGAUGGAGGCUGAGGCUCAGUGUGCAGCACUCGACCGCGCUGAUCAGACACACGGGACCAUCACAGACGACUCAGAUGUGUGGCUGUUUGGAGGGCGACACGUCUUCAGGAACUUCUUCAGCCAGAACAAAUAUGUCGAACACUACCAAAUCAGUGACCUGCAGAACCAACUGGGUCUGGACAGGACUAAACUGAUAAACCUGGCUUACCUGUUGGGCAGUGACUACACAGAGGGAGUGCCAGGGGUCGGAUAUGUGACUGGCAUGGAGAUACUGAAUGAGUUCCCAGGUCCAGGCUUGGAGCCACUCAUAGAGUUCAGUCAAUGGUGGUCAGAGGCUCAGGAGAAAAAGCGUCUGGUGUCUGAUCCUCGGGAAACAAAGGUUAAGAAGAAACUGAGGGACCUAAAACUGCAUCCUGGCUUUCCCAGCCCUGCGGUGGCUCAGGCUUACCUGCAGCCUGCUGUGGACCAAUCAGACAGCUCCUUCAGCUGGGGGCGCCCACAAGUCGACAUGAUCAAAGAAUUCUGUCUGAGCCGUUUUGGCUGGAACAGUCGGAGGACUGAGGAGACUCUUCAGCCUGUGAUCAAGCAGCUCAACACCCAACAGACUCAGCUGCGGAUCGAUUCGUUCUUCCGAUUGGAGCAGCAGGAAAAGCAGGCGAUCCGCAGCCAGCGACUCCGACGAGCAGUAACCUGCAUGAAGAGAAAGGAGAGGGAAGGAGGAGAGGAGGAAGAGGAGGACAGUGAGGAGGAAAUGCCAUCCCCAUCCAAAUCUAAGAAAGGGAAGGCAGCAAGCAAGAGUCCAAAGAAAGGAGGAGGAGGAGGAGAAGAGAGGGAAGAGGAGAGGUCUGCAGCAGGAGGAGGGUUUCUAGGGUCGGAGGUUAUUGUUGAACCUCCUCUUACGUCUCUGAAGGAUGUGAGCAGCACGAGCCAGGAGCCUCUCUCAGUGAAGAUCCCUCAAUCUGCUCAGACUGUAUCUAAGAGGGCCAGCAGGAGCAGCAGCACCUCUGGUGAGGACAGCGAUGGCAGCGGUGAAGUUGCUAUGGUUACAGCCCGAUCUGUGUUCGAGGGCAGCCGACGAGGCCGCGGAACCAAAAGCGCAAGAGGGAGAGGAAGCGUGAGAGGAAAGGGAAGGGGGAAGAAGAUGAAAAUAAGCUGAACUUCAAACGUAAUAUUAAUUACAAAAGUGCAAAAAUGUCACACACUCCCAAAUAAUGCCUGUGAUAUAAUACUUGAUAGUUAUAAGGUAAAUUAAUAAUUUACUCAUUCAUGAAUUGAGUAUUGGUGUAAAAAUUAUUUUCUGUUUUAUAGAAUAUGUAUUUUGUAUAACUGACUGAUAAUAUCUAUGAGAGAACUGACAAUAUUUUGCAUUUAAUGUUUAAAAGUUGAAAUAUUUCCAAAGGGAUGUCAGUUUGGCUCAGAUUCAGUCAUUUGUCCUGCUGAUGUAAGACUGAGACAGGUGCUGGUCUUCAGCACCACACUUAAAUUUCCUUGAGGUUGUAUUUCAGUUGCCUUGUGUUUCUGCAUACACCCCCCUUCUCCCUUAAACACACACACAAACACAACGGCUUUUGUACAUGUGAAAGCAAUUCUGGUGUUUCUGAAUAAAUACAUGAUGUUUCUAUCA